AUGUGGACGGAGAGCACUGCAGGUGUAAUUGUACUAGAGCCAGACAGAUUUCCUGAUGAUAGAACAUAUUCUAGCAUGAGCAUACAGCAAAUAGACAACAGUAUUUCCUUGCUCAUCAAUAAGUUUAGACAAGAGACAAAAAAGAACAAUGGGAUUCCUGCUAGUCGGUCACAGGUGUGGAUGGCCGCAUACAUGAAAGAUGGGACGUCAAAUAGUGAUUCAGUUAAUGAGGUUAUGACUCAAAUGAAUGAGUUAACAGAGCACAUGGAGGGAUCUUCUACUGACCCUGCAGCAUUACAGGAGCAAAUCUUCACACAAGUUAUGGGCCCAGAGCGGCCUGGCCGUGUUCAGAUGUUUGGAUUGGGACCGUCACCCACUGAUGUUUUUGGAGGUGGAUAUAGGCGGUCACAAGAGCAGAAUCGUCUCUUCCAAACUCAAGUUCAGGAACAAGUUCAAGAGCAACUUCAUCGGUAUCAAAUGCAGUUUGAGUCGAAGAUGAAUGAAGUAAUGGAGAAACAAAUUCAGGCUAUACGCACAGAUUUUCAGUCACGAAUUCAGUUUUUGGAAUCUCAAUUGCAAGCUGCAGGCGUGCCCGUUGAUCCAGUUGUUGCACCAUCAAACCCAUUACAUAGGCAACAGGGGCGGUUUGGGGGCGUGACACCUAAUGAGUUUGCAAUCUCUCUCAUCUUUGAGUUGAAGAUCUACUUAGACAUACUAUAUGAGAUCGGAGCCAGACAAUUCAUCGUGAACAACAUAGGUCCUCUUGGGUGUUUGCCAUCUCUUAGAUACAAGACUACUUCUGGGCAGUGCAAUGAAGACAUGAACAAUCUUAUCAUGCCAUACAACUAUCGGCUUCCUAAGUGGCUUAAAACUUGGACUCAUUAUGAUUACAGUGGUAGUGGUAUUACCUUUGUCUUGGCAGAUAGCUAUGGUCUUCUUAAUCAUAUGGUCUACCACCCUCAAGAAUUUGGGUUUAAAGAUGUAAAACACCCAUGUUGCGGACAGGAUGUAAAUGGGGAAUUAGAGUGCCCCCCCAACGCCACUCCGUGUAGCAACAGAGAUGAAUAUCUCUUCUUUGAUGGUGCACAUACCAGCCAAGUGGCCAAUCUUGAAUUCGCUCUAUUAUGCGCCAAUGCAACAAUCUGCAGAGUUAUUGAAUAAACAUGUUUAUGAAGUGUUUGGGAUGAAAAAGAAGAUCACUUUUUUGUUGAAGUUAUGGGGACAACAAUUAAUUGAAUAGUGAAAUAUUUAGUAUUUUUUUAGGGUUGUGAACAUUUCUUAUCUUUUCUAUACCAUUUAUCUUUUUGGGCAAUUACCAUUAUGUAGUUUUUAGAAAAAAUUAUUUACAGAUGUGUUUGGUUUUCUGCUUCAUAGAGUA